AUGGCAGCUGCAAAUGAUGGCUCACUGGAAUUUGUUAAUAGCAACAGUAGCGGCAAUAACAGCAACACCAGCAGCAGUAAUAGCAAUGCUAGCAGCUGUAAUAGUAACAGCAGUGCCACUGUUAACAAUAACAGCAGCAACAGUAAACAUCAGCAGCAGCAGCAGCAGCAACAUCAACAUCAACACCAACACCAACAAUCAGCAAUGGAUCCACGGUAUGGCUGUAGUGCAUCAGCUGAAAGGGGGCCAAGCACAUUGUUGCCACCGCCACCCCCAUUACCCCCCCAUACAGGGCUAACUCUGCCGUUACCUUUACCACCGCCAUUGGGUCCGCCACCAAGAUCACUCGAGCACAUGAUUAUCUAUGAGAAUUUCGAUGUACAUGAGACGCAUCGGAUUGAGGAUGGGGUUUGCACACAUAUUAGCCGCCUGCCGCCCAAAAAGCAGGAAUUAUUAAAACAGUUCGGUAUACAGAGUAGCCAGCAAUGUCUGAGCAAUUAUGAAAAGUACAUACUCAUCGAGAAUUUCAUCAAGUUUUGCAAUGAAUAUCAGAUAUCCGAUCAUCGACCCUUUUUGGACUUCCACGAGAGCGCUUUAUCCAAAUGUGAGCAACUUAAAUUUGUACGAUAUCUGGGCCAGGGGUUAUCCAAUUUGACAUUAAACAAAAUCUAUGUGGCAUUUAAAGAUCUAAUGAGUCAUGGUCGUACGGAAAAAUCGGGACUGGACAAUUAUAAUCUGGAUGCUUUAUUAAAAAAGAAACGCAAAAAUCUUUACAAUCGCUUACAUGCGGCAGCGCCCAGCAUUGAUAUAACCGCCUAUGAAACAGCACAGCAUCCCCAUACACGCCCACUUCAUGCCUUUGCCGCCCUAAAUGCUGGUACGCAGCAACAGCAACACCAGCAGCAGCAGCAGCGCAGCGAAGUAUGCAACGAUUUGGCAGCACAGUACAGUUAUGCACCACAGCAACGGUAAAAGCAACAACUAUAACAUCGGCAGCAGCAACAACAACAACUACAACACACAUACAUAUACAUAUAUAUAUUCUUCCUGGAACUGGACCAGUAACUGUUGUGUCUUCAAGAACUAAAAACAAAACAAAAAUAAAAGGAAAAUUGUUAAACAAAA